AUGGCAGAACGCCCGGAUCCGUUUUAUGUCGUCAAGGACGAAGUGAUAAAGUCCCUUGCUCAAGCAAACACUGAAUACGAGGCCUGGAAGAGUGACGUCCUAGGCAAGUCUGCCAACGUCAAAACUGCCGAGACUGCACUGAAACAGACUAUCCGUAACAUCGAAUGGGACCUGGAAGACUUACAGGUUUGUAUUACUUACAAAGAAACAGUCUUUCUGUCUCCUGUGUAUCAUAAGCCCUUUUCAAACUUUGAAUGGAAACGGAAACGCACGAACCAUCGUGACACACCGUGGAGUACAUGUUUUAAGUAUAGAAGUGGACACCCAGCGAUACUAUUUAUGGCCUAG